AUGGAUUCUUUAAAUUUUCUCGUAUUAUACUUUUGUCUUCUCUUAGUUUCUUCUCAAAUUACAUCUUCCUCUGUGAUUAAGAUGAAAACAAGUGCUUCUUCUUUUGGUUUUGAUCCAACUCGUGUCACUCAACUCUCUUGGACUCCUAGGGCUUUUCUAUACAAGAGAUUUCUUUCGGAUGAGGAAUGUGAUCAUUUGAUUAACUUGGCAAAAGGAAAGCUUGUGAAGUCUAUGGUAGUGACUGAUGAUGAUACGGGUGAAAGUGUUGAAAGUGAAGAACGCACAAGUUCUGGAAUGUUUCUUUUCAAAAGACAAGAUGAUAUAGUAGCUAAUGUCGAGGCUAGACUUGCUGCAUGGACAUUUCUUCCCGAGGAAAAUGGUGAAUCCAUACAAGUAUUGCACUAUGAGAAUGGUCAAAAAUAUGAACCGCAUUUCGACUUCUAUUACGAUACAAAAACUCUAAAGAACGGUGGUCAUCGGGUCGCCACGGUACUGAUGUACUUGUCCAAUGUCACAAAAGGUGGAGAGACAGUUUUUCCUAUGUGGAAGGGUAAACUACCUCAGUUGAAAGACGAUAGCUGGUCGGAAUGCGCAAAACAAGGUUAUGCAGUGAAACCAAAGAAAGGGGAUGCAUUGUUGUUCUUUGAUCUUCAUCCAAAUGCAACCACGGAUGAAACCAGCUUACAUGGAAGUUGUCCGGUGAUUGAAGGAGAGAAGUGGUCAGCAACUAAAUGGAUUCAUGUUAGGUCAUAUGGUAAGAGACAAAUUGGGUGUGUGGACAUGAAUGAGAGCUGUGAAGAAUGGGCCAAGGAAGGGGAAUGCGAGAAGAAUCCAAAUUACAUGGUGGGUUCAGAUACUAACCUUGGAUAUUGUAGAAAGAGUUGCAAAGCUUGCUAGAUAUUAAGAACACCAAUUUGGGGUAGAAGGAAAUUAUAGUCUCAUCCUUGUUAAUUUUUAGUGUUCAAUUAUGUUCCUUAUGGUUCAUAUAAUUAGACAAAAACUUGAUCAUGAA